AUGUUUGGAGUGGCGAUUGAUGCAUCCUUUGGCGGUAACACUCCUGACCGGAAGAGUUCCCAAGCAUACGUGAUGUAUUUAUUUGGAGGAGUAACUGGAUGGCAGGCCAACAAGCAACGUACAGUUACCACGUCAACUACCGAAGUAGAGCUGUUAGCUCUCUCUCAAGCUGUGAAGGAAGGGAAGUUUGUGAUGCGGUUAUUGAAGGAAAUUGGGGUCCGGUUCGACGAGGACAAACUGACGACAGUACGACUGGUUAAUGAAGAAGCUUUUAAGCUGCAAACCAAUCUUCGCCAUGUCGAUAUUCAUAACCACUGGUUGAGGCAGGAAGUCAAAGAAAGACUAGUUAAUAUGCAAUAUACUCCGACAAAAGAAAUGAUUGCAAACGGCCUCACCAAGGUUCUGGGAAGAAGUGAAUUCGAGGAAUUCGUGGAGCAGGUCAAUUUGCGAGAUAUAGCUGAAAUUAUCGAGGGAUCCGAGAAAUAG